UUCCCUUUGGUUGAGCAGUAAAGUGCGUAGUCAAAUAAAACUAUUUUAAAACUUGUUUUGCUAAUAUGCUGUAGUAGUGAGAGUCAAAAUACACAGCUACUUCUUAUGACUGUAAAAAGUAUUCUGUUUUGAUGGCAAGAAGCGGAAAUCUGCAGCACGCUGCAAGGAUAACAGUAAAUGACGCGCGACAUUUUCCCGUUGCUAAGGAACUUCCAAACACAACACUAUUGAUUAGAGUAGCUAGGUUCAGGAGAUCUGUUUAAGGCUGAACUAUUAAUUAGGCUUUAAAACGAAAAGACCAGUACAUAAUUUUGAAUAGCUAUGCCACAUUUGGUAGAAUCUGCUAAGCACAAACGUCCAGAUAUUGCAGAAAACCUAGUAGACUUCGACGUCUCUCUGCGUGAACGGUACGUAUCAAAGUUGAGACCCCUGAUUAAAGCUGAAGCCAAGAAGAACAAGUAUGGCCAUAAAACAUUUGGCGAAGCAGAAGUUCGUGUGAGAAAACCGAAAGAAUUUCUUAGGAAAAAUACACGCAUUACUCCACCAAAACCAGAAGUAGACCAGUGCCACGGCAAAGGCAUUGGGAAACCCGUGCCACCAGUGCCGAAGCAUGUCGUCCCAAAAGCGCCGGUGGUCCAGGAGAAGAACUUCCGAGCGGACAACGUGGUGAACGCGAUGUGCUCUCGAGCCCAUCAACCCGUGCCGCGGUACGUGCUCACCCGCCGCGGAGACACGCGCCUUCUAGAGCCCUCUGGUACUGUUCCACGCUACGCCCUUAAGAAGGGCUAUGGAAAAGUUCCGAAAUACCUGCAGAAACGACUGAAAGACUGUCAGAAGCAACAAAAAGUGGAAGAGGAAGGAAAAGAUCCAGCCGAGACGGCUACUAGAGCCUUGUCAGAAGCGGAGCGGACGGAACUGAUAGAGGGUCUCAAGAAAAACUGGGAAGAGGCCGAAACCGCUUAUCAAAGGCUGCCUCUUAUCAUUGAGACUCCAUCCAUGCUCAGAAGAAAAAUUAUGCUGGAAAAGAAAUUAACACAGUUGGAAAACGAUAUUACCUUCUUAGAAAAACACGAAUAUAUUUACAUAUAUGAUGACGAAAAUUCAUCGUGACCAAUAAAAUGUGUGACUGAAGUACAUACGUCAGCCUUACUUG